AUGCCCAAUUCAAAAAAAAGCGUAGUAAAAGUGAUGACAGUAUCCGAUUUUUACAGUUAUGAGGAUGUGUCGUCUCAGCAUAAAAUUCGUAACAUGGAACCCAGAGUCUAUCUAAAAGACAUCAUGGCAGUCAGAGCCGAAAGAGGAACAUUUACAAUAAAGCAAAGAGCUACCCACGUGUCUGAUUGGAAAGAACUAGAUUUUCUACAAGUCAAAAUAAUCAAAAACAAAUGCUUUCCUAGUUUUGCAAACAAGAAUUCAUCGAGAGGAAUAACAAAAGAACGAAAAGAUAGAAUAAUAGCCGACUUAGUACCUUUGAUGCCUGAAACCAGGAGAGGCUUUUGGUUAAACUUACCUGAAACAACCCGAGCUUCGAACCUAGAC